AUGGGAUUACAAGAACAGCAACCAACGAUUACAAAACUAGCUUUGAACUUGACUUCUCAUGGCGAGCUGUACCUUCGUCACCGAUCUCAUGGCGAUCGGGUUAAGUUGACUCAUGUCGUCAAUCUACAGCAACAUCAAAGCAUAAUCUCCACAUCACCCAAGCUAUCCUAUUUAUACAUCGUCUUCUUCAAUCUCGAGCUGCCACCAGAAUCCAACGGCAAAGCUUCUGCUUCUUUCAGUUACUAUAUUUCCUGGUCCACGUCAUCUCUGCACAUGCCAAGUCCGUAUAAGAUAUUUGAUAUCUAUCAGAAAGAAAGAGCUCGAAUCCAAGAACUCAUACAACGUAAAGGAACUCAAUAUGGUUCUUGCCCACGGUUCAAUGUCACUGUCAGGAGCCAAAAGGCAAAAGUCUCAGAUGGCACUGGUGGUUUAGACAUGAUAUUGCGUUCUUGGGACUAUCCUGUGGCUUGGCAAAUAACACUUCGCAGUGUUGGAAAGAAGAAGGAACCGUUAGCAAGCGAGGAUGAUGCAGACGAAGACUUGUGCGUUCUUAGCAAGUGGAAGUUGAGUUCAUAA